AUGCAUGAAGGAGACAUGAUAUGUCAAGACACGAAGUAUGAUGACUUUGAUAUAUUAAGAGAGACAUUACAAGAAUUAAUUAAACUCAUUAGAUUUUAUCAGAUGGAUCGUGAUGCAUUUAUUCCUGAUGUAUGGGAAUAUGUGAACAUCCUUCCUAACGAUUUAGUUAAGGAUGUACUACGUUGUUAUUUAGACUCAAAUGCUAAACCAUUAUAUCAACAAUUUUUGAUUAGAUUGGGCAACUUUAAAAUCGACUCAGUAUCAAUCAAUAAGGAGAUUGCACAAUUAUUGACGAAAUGGAUAGACAAAAAAUCUAGAAAUGAUAAGAUAGCAGGGUUUCAAUACAAUUUUAAUCUUCUUUUUAGAAGUGGCUUGGAUGGUCUCUCAUCACAAACAUUUCAUCGAAAAUGUGAUAACAAAGGAGCAACAAUUGUUGUUGCGAGGAUUCAAAAUUCAAAUUUACUUAUUGGAGGUUACAAUCCACUUGAUUGGAUUGGUAAAAAAGUAUGGAAACAAACAACAGAUAGCUUCAUAUUUGUAAUAGAUCCUAAUGAACUCAAAACAGCAAUAAUAUCACGCGUUAACCAUAAUUAUAGUGGUUUUGCUAUUUAUUGCGACCAUAAUGAAGGUCCAAGUUUCGGAGAAGGUCCCGAUUUACAAGUUCAAAAUAACAGUACAAUCUGCAGAGUUAAUCCAAAAACCUACCCUAAAUUUCUAAAUAUGGAUUCACAUUACCUCACAAUCUUAGAUUAUGAGGUCUUUCAAGUGGUUGAUAGCAUUACAGGACUUUCUAUUCAAGGCCGAGUAUAA